UUGUUCAGUCAGUCAGUUGGUCUGUCAAUGUGGAGUUAAGAUGUUUGUUUUGUUUCGUGAAUAUAUUCCCGAAACAAUUAAAAAGUUCUGAAUAAAUAUUGCACAUUAAAGAACAAGGACCGUGUAAGUUUGAUGUAAAAACCAUUUAAAGUGUUCUUACAUUAUAAUCGGAUGUGAUAAACGUGGCCCAAUUUCAUUUUUUGAAAGAAAGUUUUACAUUUUAUAAAUGAAAAUGUGGUUUCUUAGAACAAAUGUUGUGUUAAGUGUUCUAGUAUAUGUGAACGGUGAUUUUAGCGAGUUAGAUAAUACAAUAACUAGUGUGCAUUCUCUGGAGUUGACGCAGUCUUUGAAUUUGGCUCGUCAGGAGUUGAUCCAGGAUGCGUGUGCGCGUUUUCCACCAAAGUUAAGCUUAGACGAGCUUCCACCAAGUAGUAUGGAACACAUUUUAAUUGAUGACACCCACAAGUUGCUGUAUUGUUACGUGCCAAAGGUGGCAUGCACAAACUGGAAGAGAGUCCUAAUGGUUUUAGGGGGUAAAUGGAAUGAUACUGAUAUCUUAUCCAUCCCGCCCAGUCUCCCCCAUACCCAGGGGAUGUUCAAGAACCUGAGCAUGGUUCCCCCAGCGGAACGGGAUUCAAUGCUGGAGAAUUAUCAUAAGAUGAUCAUAGUAAGGAAUCCAUUUGAAAGAUUGCUCUCUGCUUAUCGGAAUAAGCUAGAAGGCGAAACCCUGACUGCUAAAUAUUUUCAGGAGCGCGUUGGCCGUCGUAUAAUCAAGGCAUACCGCGAGAAUCCCUCAAACGAGUCCCUAGAAUUAGGCAAUGAUGUGACGUUCAAGGAGUUUGCUCUGUUCCUCACCAGUAAGCUGGAAGAGUUGGCCGAUGUCGCGAAUAAUGAGCAUUGGCAGCCAAUCACAGAUCUGUGCCAUCCGUGCCUCAUAAAGUACACUUUAGUUGGUAAGUACGAAACGCUGACAGACGACACACUACUCGCACUACACACAAUAAACGCAACCCACGUGAAAUUCCCGGACAUGUACCAUACGUCCGGGACUUCGGACAAGCUAUACGAUUAUUUCUCCCAGCUCGACCUGCCCCUCAUCAGGAAGCUGUACAAACUAUAUCUUCAUGACUACAGGAUAUUUAACUACGAUCUGGAUAACAUUGUUGGGUUUGAUUUAGGCUAGUAUUUUUUUUAAUAUUGAAUUUUCAAGCAAAAGCAGUCUCAUACCGAUGGGUUUGUGUCCGGGCAAAAACGUUAACCCGUGUGCAAACCCAGUUGACAAUAACUAUUGUUCUAUAGUUCAACACACGACUAUGUAGUUGACAAUAUAAUUGAUACGACCAUCUAUUUGUAUUGCGGUCAAAUAAAUAUAUAUAUAUAUAACAUUAACAUAUUCUUCAAAAUCUUAAAAAAAUUUUAUUCUUCAAAAUUGUUUAUAUAUAUAUAUAUAUAUAUAUAUAUAUAUAUAUAUAUAUAUAUAUAUAUAUAUAUAAACAAUUCAUGGUAUUUAGGGGUACAUUAAUAAUAUUUUAUUUUUUGACUAAGAUUUUGAAGAAUAUGUUCACAUAGAAUUAAGAACUUAUGGCCUUAAACAUAGGACAUUUUGUUGACGCUAUGUCUAAAUGUUAAUGUAUAACUUAAUCUUCCUCAGCAAUCGCACUAUAACGAAAAGCGUACAAAAAUCAAUCUUAUUACUUGUUGAGUUUAACAGCAAACACAACACAUCAAUAGAGAUAUAGAGGUUCAUGCAGGGUAACUCGAUGUGCUGUUGACUGUACCUAUACGUUAUAUUAGUCCUUUGUGCGUUGAAUGUAUAGGUAUUUUUUUUGUUGGUUUAUUUAUAACCAAAUUACACCUAAGAUUACUGUAGCUCUUCGUUAUUUCUUGUUUAUUUUCAAUUUUGCAGAUAUUCGACUUACAUUGUAGACUUAUCUGUUUAUGAGAUAAAAUUGAAUAGGUAUUUAUUACCUACUAAUAAAACUCAGAUGACAAGGUCAGAGAAUUGUAAAAAAUGUGUAUAAUCCCGAUUAUAUAUAUAUAUAUAUAUAUGUGACUGUAAUAUUGCACUUGGAUUAUUUACGAAGAUUUCAAGUCAGUUGGAAAGUCCAUUUAAAGAAUAUAUAAAAAAUAUUACUUAAGUAGUAUCUCUAUAGUUUUUUUGCGAACAUAUUACCUUCACUUCUAUGUGUGAAUAUGGAGCGUUUGGACGAGUCUAAAAUGUGUGAUUUUUGUUCAUUAUCUUUGAAAGUAUUGUCGUUAUUAUAUAUAUUAUUAUUAUAUUAUUAUUAUUAUAUUAUCGCACUAUGUUUUUCAUUGGAAAAACCAGUAUUAAGGUCAAAUAGACAUCAAAAUAAAAAAUUGUUUUGUACCAACUAUAGUAUAUUCUUUGUGAAAAACAUCGCAUUUAAAAACUUUACAUACAAUGUAAAUUAAUGCAAAAUUUUUAGUCAUGAGACUAAAUGACGUCUAAAACUUAGAAAUCUAAAGGUAUUCUGUAUAGCGUUUCUUAUUAACGUGUAGCCUAGAUCGUAAAACUAAUUGUCUAGCAUUAUGUUGGAUAACAGUACAAUGGAAUAUUGUUAUAGCUAUAGCGGUCUCAAGAUCGUCCGAUAAAUAAUUACAUGUCAUUAACUGGAAUCUAAUGAUUCCACCAGCCUUGCUGGCGAGAUGAUACGAUAGGUCGUUCGUAAUACAGUCAUUUAAUAUCAUUUUAGAGCGUUUUCGACCGUAGUUUUUCUUCUCCACUUUGUCAGCCUGCAGUCAGUUAGACCAUUACCAAUUUAUAGUUAGUUUUCGUAAUUCGCAAUUUUCUUUCAGGCAAUAAAGGUUUCCUUUAUUAGGAAUAAGGAUUAAUGUAUAGUAAUACAAAUAAUAAUAAUUUUAUUUCAUCUUGUAUGAUUUCAGAAUCUCAGUUAAUUUUUUAAUAAUAAUAGCGUUAGUUUAUUUUUUAAUAAUAAUAGCGUUAAUUAAUAAAUAUGUAUGUACUGUCGGCAUCAAUUGUAUAUCAAAUGAUCGUCUAGAGUACCUAGUCAAAUGAUCUGAAAAAUAUAAAUAAGCAAUUUGAUAUAGCAACCAAUACGAGCAAGCUAAAAUAAUAUUUAUUGACAUAAAUUUUUAACUCGACUUAAAUAUAAUACAAUAUGUUGAUUAUAAGAUGUUCUGACCACCUUGUGUGCCGACAAGAAUAAUAUAAUGCUAUUGCUGCGUACCAAAUUUUAGUUUUUCAGAUAAUUUUGACUGUUCUACGAGUAGGCGCUUAUCAUUUUGACGCUGACUGUACUGUAUUAACGAUUUUUUUAAUAUGCGAGCAAAUUCCAGUCUAAUAUUUAUAUCCAAAACAUGAUCGAUGCCCAAUUUUCAUGGACGAAACUUUUGUUUAUAAAUUGAUUGACGAUAAAAAAUGUAACAAACAUUAAUUAUUGAUAACAGAACAUAAUAAGCGUGCGACUACAGAGUUAAAAUAAAUCGAUAGUAUAUGUAAUGUGAUAAUGGUACGAGUAUAUUGAAUGUAGUAUGGUAUGUGCAAUAUUGAAUGCAUCAUAGAGACCUUUGACAAAAAAUACAAACGAUUUCUUCGAAACUUCCACUGAGAAACUUUUUUGAUGACCUGUGGCGUGACAGGUCAUGUUCGAGGUUGGAUUCCCAGUGCGGGCAAAUAUUAUUGUUUAUUUUUAAGAUAAGUACAUAUAGGCUAAAGGGUUAGUCGUUUUGAUGGGCUAUUUUGUCUAUCGGACAAGUUUAGUCUCGCCCUUGUAUUGUUAGAAUGAAUAUUUACUAUUUUAUAUAUUUGUAUAGGUAAGUACUAUACAUAUAUUUGUAUAUUUCAUAUUCGAAACCAGCGUAGGUACAUAUAUUUUAUUAAUUUACUUAUUAAUGAAGGAAACGUGCAAUUUCCAAAUAUUUUUUUUUACUUUGAAUUUUGUAAUUUAAGCUAUGUGGUGCUAAAGUGUAGAAUUACAAUAAGUAGUACUUACGUGUUAUAUUUGUAAUAGAAAUAUUGUUCCUACAAGUACAUAUUUCCUAGACGCUUUUUGUUAAAAAUAAAUGAAAAGUUUCUGGCGAAUAUAUCAUUUAGUUGGUAUUUUUGAUUGAUAACACAGUUAACUUUAUUUAUGUGAACAUUUAUAAUAAAAUAAAACAAGGCAUUGUAUAAGUUUUAAAUAAAUAAAAUAUUCUUUGAUGACAAUUAAUUUAUUAUAACUUAAAUUGUUAUUAUUAUUAUUUUAAUGUAUACAAUAAAUUACAAAGACACUAGUAAUACUGACGCUACGAAAAUAUGAUUUGUCUUAUGUCCCUGUGGAAUUGAGGCGUGAUGAACGGUCUUGGUACUUUCAUUGACACAUCGCAGUAAACUUCUAUGUUUGAGUCGCAGAGUCUUACUUUUUCUAGCUUCAAACUCGACCUUUGACGGAGAUACUCUUGCAACUCUGGGUCUGUCUGUUGAAUCUGGGCUAGAGAUUGGUAAUCAAAGGGCGCUGCAAUUUUUGAAAUUUCUUAGAUUCGAGGAAGACUAUCGGCUCGUACAUUAACCUAAAAGAUUUCCACAAUGACCGGUCCUUUUAGCAGCAAUUUUAAAUAUAUUGUUAUUAAUUGAUUUUAUGUCCGUAUUGUUUGUUCGAAAUAUUGUUACUUGCGGGAUGCUCAUACUAACUGAAU